GUGUACUAAGCAUGUUCCAGGCUGACAGCAGCUCCGUGUUUGCUCCGCUCUCCGACCUUUGAUCAGAACAAACAUGGCGUCGGUCAGCAGAGGACUGAAGCGUCUUGUCUUCUUACUGCUCAUUGAGGUUUUCAUCCCAGAAUGCACCGGGACUCCUGGAGGUACAGGUGAGGUGUUCCUGGACAGACCUGAGGCCGACGUCUUCUUGCGUCGCAGCCGCCGGGCCAACUUCCUGCUGGAGGAGCUGAGGCAGGGGAACCUGGAGCGUGAGUGCAUGGAGGAGAAAUGUUCCUACGAGGAGGCCAAGGAGAUCUUUGCUCUGCCCCAACAGCUGGAGAACUUCUGGAGAACCUACACAGCUGCAGAUCGCUGCCUGUCGUCUCCCUGUCAGAACGGAGCCACCUGCACCCGCCACCUCAGCACCUACAUCUGCAAGUGUCCACCUGGUUUCCAUGGAUACAACUGUGACAAAGUCCGCCUGACCUCCAAUGGCUGUCGCUAUAGAAACGGCGGCUGUGAACAUUUCUGCAGAGAGUUUCCGGAUCGUUCUCACCUCUGCUUCUGUGCUCCGGGAUACGGACUGGACCAGGACAACAGCACCUGUAGACCGCAAGAUCCUGUUGUCUGUGGAAAACCUCUGGUUCAUUUCGCCCCCAGGGUAGUUAAUGGACAGAUCUGCCCCAAAGGACACUGUCCAUGGCAGGCUCUGCUGACGGAACACGACAGGUUCACCUGUGGAGCCAUCGUUCUAUCAGAUCAGUGGAUUCUAACGGCAGCACACUGUGUUUGGCACAAACCUAUCGCCAUCUUCCAUGUCACCGCAGGUGAACACGACCUGAAGGAGGAUGAGAAGACAGAGCAGCAGCGGCGGGUUCUGAAGGUUCUGGUCCAGAACGGCUACAACCACUCCAGCUCUGACAGCGACCUGGCGCUGCUCAAGCUGCACCGGCCAUUCAAACUGGGUCGCCACGUGGUUCCCAUCUGCCUCCCCGCCCGGAACAGCACCUUUAGCCGGACGCUGGCCACCGUCCGCCACUCCACUGUGUCGGGCUGGGGCCGUCUGGCCCAGCUGGGCCCGGCGGCACGGUUCCUGCAGCGCCUGGUUCUGCCAAGAGUUCCUCUGCAGGAGUGCCGUCUCCACACCAAGCUCAACAUCACCAGGAACAUGCUCUGCGCCGGGCAGCGGAGCGGCGGCCAGGAUGCCUGCGAGGGCGACAGCGGCGGCCCGCUGGUGACCCGCUACAAGAAGACCUGGUUCCUGACGGGCGUGGUCAGCUGGGGGAAGGGAUGCGCCAAUGAGAACAUGUACGGCGUCUACGCCAAGGUCGGAAACUUCCUGGACUGGAUCGACAACGUCAUGGCAACGGGCUGAAACACAAGAAGAACCAAAGUUACUGUCCACCAAAGAUCCUGAUUAAACUGAUAUCCUCCUCUGAAUCUGUUCUGUUUGGUUCCACAACGGAACUCUAGAUUCACUGAAAUUAUACCUUUAAAAUAGUUUAGCUCUAUCUAUCUAUCUAUCUGGAAAGGUGAGGGGGCGGGGGUCGCUUGUAUAUGUGAGGGGGCGGGGCUUGUGUCUAUAAGCCAGCGACUGUAACGUGAUUCUGGUGUUUUGUGAUGUUCUGUGGCUCCAUGUUCUGAAAUGUUCUUCUUCUGACAGUAAACUUUUGGUUCUUCUCACAAUCUG